GUAUGAAGCAAAGUUUAUCAAGAAAAUUGUUAAAGAGCUUGGAGAUAAAAUAAGUCAUACACCCUUUCAUAUUGACCCAUACCUAAUUGGAAUGCACACUCGAGCCAAACACAUAAAUUCGUGGUUACAAAAUGGGUCAAGCAAAGCUGAAAUUGUUGUGAUUUUGGGGAAAGGGGGCAUAGGAAAGACCACUGUAGCAAAAUUUGUUUACAACUCAAAUUUUCAGAGAUUUGAAGGUGGGAGCUUUCUUGCAAUUAGAGAAAAUUUAGAACCAUCUCGUGCCCUAGUUGAUUUACAAAGGAAACUUAUUUCUGAUGUGUUAAAUCGAAAAAUGGAACAUAUAUGGAGUAUUGAUGUAGGUAUUAGUAUGAUCAAAGAGGCCAUAGGCAGUAAAAAAGUCUUGCUUGUUUUCGAUGAUGUAUAUCAAGUGGAACAAGUGAAUGCAUUGAUUGGAAAGCGACAUUGGUUUUUUCCAGGGAGUAAAAUCAUCAUAACAACUAGGCACAAGUGGUUGGUAAAGGGUUGUGAAAUCUAUAUGGGGCAUACAAUGGAAAAGUUGAAUUACGAUGAAUCGCUUAAGCUCUUUAGCUUGCAUGCAUUUGGACAAGAGCAUCCAAUUGAAGAUUAUACAAAUCUCUCAAAAAUUCUAGUACACUCCUGCGAUGGUCUUCCAUUAGCUCUUAAAGUUUUGGGAUCUUUUUUCUUAGGAAAAAGGGAUGAUCUAUGCAAAAGUGAAUUAGAUAAACUUGAAGCAAUUCUUAAAAGUGCAUCAGAUAAACAUGAAGCAAUUCCUAACAGUGUAUCACAGAGCCCAGUUAGAAGUGGAAGCCCUCCUAUGGUUUCGCGGAGAAGCAGAAGCAUCAGUAGAAGUCCAGUUAGAAGUGGAAGCAGCGAUGGAAGCAGAAGUCCAGUGACAGGCAAGAGAGCAAAAAACAUUAACCAGAGCCCAGUGAGAGGCCACUAUCAAAGAAGCUUUAGCAGGAGUCCCAUAUCAUCCCCCCCUUGGAGGAGCCUUAGCCGGAGCACACCUAGAACCUCAUCAAGAAAGUCAUCCAGGAAAUUAGUGAGUAGAAGCCCUAUGAGACCAUCUCGAAGAAGCAUAAGAAGACAUCAUAUUAGAUUAUCUCAAAGAAGCAUAAGCAGAAGCACUGUUAGAUCAUCUCGAAGAAGCAUAAGCAGAAGCUCUGGUAAUGGCCCUUCUAGGAGCCCAAAACGGAGUGUGAGGAAGAGUGCAAGUGUCAGUGGAAGCCCAUCAAUGGUUUCGCGGAGAAGCAGAAGCAUCAGCAGAAGUCCAGUUAGAAGUGGAAACAAAAGUAGAAGUGGGAGCAGAAGUGGAAGCAGAAAUGGAAACAAAAGUAGAAGUGGAAGCAAAAGUGGAAACAGAAGUAGAAGUGGGAGUAGAAGUGGAAGCAGAAGUAGAAGUGGAAGUAGAAGUUCAGUGAAUGGCAAGAGAGGAAAAAACAUCAACCUGAGCCCAGUGAGAGGCCACCGUCAAAGAAGCUUUAGCAGGAGUCCCAUAUCAUCCCCCCUUCGGGGGAGCCUUAGCCUAAGUGCACCUAGAACCUCAUCAAGAAAGUCAUCCCAAAAAUUAGUGAGCAAAAGCCCAAUGAGACCAUCUCGAAGAAGAAUAGGAAGACGACAUAUUAGAUUAUCUCGAAGAAGCAUAAGCAGAAUCCCUAUUAGAUCAUCUCAAAGAAGCAUAAGCAGAAGCUCUGGUAGGGCCCCUUCUAGGAGCCCCAAACAGAGUGUGAGCAAGAGUGCAAGUGUCAGUGGAAGCCCUUCUAUGGUUUUGCGGAGAAGCAGAAGCAUCAGCAGAAGUCCAGUUAGAAGUGGAAGCAGAAGUGGGAGCAAACGUGGAAGCAGAAGUAGAAACAGAAGUGGAAACAGAAGUAGAAGUGGAAGCAAAAGUGGAAACAUAAGAAGAAGUGGGAGCAAAAGUGGAAGCACAAGCAGAAGUGGAAGCAGAAGUAGAAGAGGAAGCAGAGGUGGAAGCAGAUGUGGAAGCAGAAGUAUAGUGAGGGAUAAGAGAGGAAAAAACAUCAACCUGAGCCUAGUGAAAGGCUACCGUCAAAAAAGCUUUAGCAGGAGUCCCACAUCAUCCCCCCCUCGGAGGAGCCUUAGCCGGAGCGCACCUGGAACCUCAUCAAGAAAGUCAUCUUGGAAAUUAGUGAGCAGAAGCCCAAUAAGACCAUCUCGAAGAAGCAUAAGCAGAAGCUCUGGUAGGGCCCCUUCUAGGAGCCCCAAACGGAGUGUGAGCAAGAGUGCAAGUGUCAAUGGAAGCCCUCCUAUGGUUUUGCAGAGAAACAUCAGCAUCAACAGAAGUCCAGUUAGAAAUGGAAGCAGAAGUGGGGAUAGAAGUAGACGUGGGAGCAGAAGUGGAAGUAGAAGUAGAAGAGGAAGCACACACUACAACAAAAAGCAUUUUUUGCAACGUUUUUUUUUUUGCGACAAUUUUUAA